AUGAGCUGUUAUCGUUAUGUUUUAGGGCUUCUGCUGCUAGAAUUAGUUGUUGGGAGUUCUGGACAAUUUGCAGGAUGUGACACCAUCAGAAACGUACAAGCUGACGAGACUCUCUACAUUGAAUCACCAAACUACAGUGGCUACUUCAGGGCCAAUACCAACUGCCGUUGGCGAUUGACGGCACCAACGAACUAUCUUCUUCAUUUGAACUGUUACGAUGUGAUUCUUGCUAAGAGUACCAACUGCGCCGCAGAUCGCCUGGAAGUGUCCCUCACCGGAAACGCCCUGCUGACGGAUGCGUCCAGAUAUUGUGGCCAGUCCACGUUCGUGCUUCAAUCCACGGCAAACAAGCUGACCGUCACACUGAGGACGCUUGCCUCCUCAACCGGUGGCCGCUUCCGAUGUCAGAUCGCAGCUCGGCGACCUCCGUGCGAUUGUGGCCGACGCCGAGUCGUCAAGAUCGUCAACGGGGCUCCCACCGUGGCCAACGAGUUCCCCAUGAUGGCCGCUCUAGUCAGCAUCGCCUCGAGGAAGCCAUUUUGUGGGGCGACCAUAAUCUCAAAUCGUCACGCCAUCACCGCCGCCCACUGUCUGCUAUCCCGGAAGAUCGCCGACACGGUCCUCCUGGUCGGAGACCACGACCUGUCCACCGGAACGGACUCCCCGUACGCCGUCCUGAUGCCACUGACGACCUUCACCAGCCACACCGGCUAUCGAGCGAAGACAUCCGUUAACGAUAUCGCUCUCGUCAGAACUCGCGACGAAAUCGUCUUCACCCGAGGAGUUGGACCGGCUUGCCUGCCCUGGCAGUGGCCAACAGCCACGUUCAACGGGCAGAUUGUGGAGGCGACCGGCUGGGGAACGGUGGACUUUGGCGCGCCGACGUCGUCGGUUCUGCAGAAGGUCAGCCUGAACGUGAUCAGCAAUGAGUCGUGUCGGACGAAAAUGGCCGGGGUGACGGCGAGUCAGCUUUGUACGUUUACGGCCGGGAAGGAUACCUGUCAGUACGACUCGGGAGGGCCGAUUUUGUACACGAAUCCCAAUAAUGGAGUUGUGUUUCAUGUUGGUGUGAUUAGCUAUGGUGUUGCCUGUGCCAGCAGUAGUCCGAGUGUCAAUACUAGAGUUACGUCGUAUUUGACGUGGAUUAAGGCGAAUACACCAGGGAUUCAGUACUGUGAGAAGUAA